CUAACUUCAGUCUGACGGAUUAUCUGUUUUGCUGUGAUUUGAUGGCUAGUGGGAAGCGACAGGACUUCGCCGCACCACAUUAGACCAUUGUGUUUCUUCAUUGUCCACGAGAUACAUCAAACAUACGUUUAUUUGUGCGGCGUUGUCACGAAGAUGUACAUUUGUUCGUCUCGGUCGGAAGAACUUUAGGAAAGGAUUUUCCCCCAGAACGUCACCAGCAAGACUCCCACGUUUGUUUUCUGUGCUAUCAUACUCGGGCCGGGUUGGUCCGAAGACAGAGGCGACAAAGAAGUGUUUUUUCCAGAGCUGCAUGGCUGUCAGUUUGUGCUGGGGCUCUCGAACUGGACGCUAAAGGCUAUGCGUGUCGCGCCAGGCCGAGCCGAGGGCGGAUAGGCGAUGCCAACCGGCUAACAUCGCUAACCCAAGCGAGGUUUACCUUCUGGGCGCGUAUUGUUUAGGACAUUUCUCGACCUUUUCUCCUUCUGAUUUAAAAAAAAAACACACAUCUAGUUGGCCUCCUACGACCAAGACAAAAUGAGACGAGUCUAGUCAGUAAACCAGCUCUUGUUGUCGCUGCAAUGUCGCAGAAGCUUGGAGCACACAAGUUGGCAAUGGAGGGGAACGUGCAGCAAAAAAGCACUCCGCUAACUCGGGAGCUUACGCGGAUUUUCAGCAGUUACAAUAAACACUCCGUUCUGCUCAAGAAGAACCUCAAAGAGACCAAUACCUUCUUCCGGGAAAUCAGACAGAACUACAGCAAUGCGUGUGCAUCAGCCAUGAGCUCGGAGUCAGCUUCCCUGGAGGCAGGACAAUUGAGCUGUAUUGCUUUUCCCAGUCAUGAAGAAGAGUUCCUACGCAACACUGUGGGUGCUGCCCCAUACAUUUUGGUACUGGGCCAGAAUUGCACUGCCCGCUACCAGCUGCUCAACUGUUUGCUGGGAGAGAGACUGCUGCCGCUGGGUCCCGAGGCCGGCGAGGCUUGCGGAGGCGUCCAGGGCACUGCGUGCAAAAGACGUAAGUUAUGUUUCACCCACGGGAGACAGACACGACUCAGUCUGGCCCUGCCUGGCCAGUAUGAACUGGUGCACCAGUUGGCGGCGAACCGUGGCCGUUGGGAUACGGUGCCCCGUGAAGACUUGGAGAUCCACGAGGAAUGUGAAGACCCAGCACACAGGCUCGCUGAGCUGGAGAUCACCCUGCAUCACCCUUUACUUCAGGAGGCAAAAGUCAUGGUGGUGCCCUGUGCGAGUGUCCAACCCAUGGAGGAGGCCUUAGAAGACUGCACUCGAAAUGUCAUCCCGAUUAUACUGUAUGCCAUCAAGGAGGACUCCUUAAACACGGAGCAAGUGGCUGAGCUCUGGAAGGUCAAAGAGUUGCUGUCCUUUCCCAUCUGUUUUAUCCGCCUCCCUGACACGAUGCCCGCAGCAUCGCCGGAGCCCAGUCGCCGCACAGAGAAGGAAAAGGAGCGUGAGAAGAGCGCCCUCCAUAAGCAGCUGUUGUCCCUCGGCUUCCUAAGUAGCCUAGCAGGAAAUUGCUCCUGCGGCGCCCCGACGCAGAUGCCUACCCCAGGUGCCAAGCCUCAAAGCAUGCUGGGUGAGGCUUUUGAUAGACUGCACAGGAUUCUGGUGCCUUUUACACGCCAGGUGCUUCAAAACCAACAGGUGGAAGCUGCCAGCCUGCUCAACGGUCUCCACUGCCGGUGCCUUGAUCUUUUCAUCAACCAGGCUUUUGACAUGCAGAGAGAUCUGCAGAUAACCCCCCGCAGGCUGGAGUACACCCGUGAGAAAGAAGGGGAAUUGUUCACCUCGCUCAUGGCCAUCGCUAACCGCAAACAGGAGGAGAUGAAGGAAAUGAUUGUGGAGACACUUGGCAGCAUGAAAGAGCAGUUGCUGGAGGAUGCUGCUAACUUGGAGUUCAUGGAUGUAAUUGUGACAACCAAUGGUGAGCCGGUUACAUCAAAGGAGAUCAAAUCUUGCAUCCACCAAAUCCAAGAGCUGAUAGUGUUGCGCCUGAAUCAGGCCGUGGCCAACAAGCUCAUCAGUUCUGUGGACUAUUUGAGAGAAAGUUUCGUCGGAACACUGGAGCGAUGCCUCAGCAGUUUGGAGAAAUCCCACAUCGACUCGUCGGUACACAAUAUCACCUCCAAUCACCUGAAACAGUUGUUAAACGCCGCCUACCACGUUGAGGUCACCUUUCAUUCGGGAUCCUCUGUCACGCGACUCGUUUGGGAGCAAAUCAAACAGAUCAUCCACAGGAUAACGUUCGUGAACCCACCUGCUAUCUCGCACGAAUGGAAACGCAAAGUGGCCCAAGAUGCCAUUGAAAGUCUCAGCGCUGCCAAACUAGCCCGAAGCAUCUGUUCUCAGUUCCGAACCCGACUCAACAGCUCUCACGAGGCUUUUGCGGCAUCCCUGCGUCAGCUGGAGGAAGGCCAUACGGGGCGACUGGAGCGCACCGAGGACUUGUGGCUGCGCGUGAGAAAGGACCACGCCCCUCGACUGGCCCGCCUUUCACUGGAAAGCCGCUCCCUCCGAGACGUGCUGCUGCAUGGUAAACCGAAGAUAGGACGGGAGUUGGGCCGUGGCCAAUACGGAGUUGUUUAUCUUUGCGACAGUUGGGGCGGGCGCUAUCCAUGUGCCCUAAAAUCUGUGGUACCACCGGAUGAUAAACACUGGAACGAUUUGGCUUUGGAGUUUCACUAUACGCGGUCACUGCCCAAACAUGAGCGGCUCGUCGACUUGCACGGCUCCGUUAUUGACCACACCUAUGGCGAAGGCUCCAGUAUUGCCGUGCUGCUUAUCAUGGAGCGACUUCAUAGAGACCUCUACACUGGCCUCAAGGCUGGCUUGUCACUGAGGGAGAGGCUACAGAUCGCUCUGGAUGUGGUGGAGGGAAUCCGCUUCCUGCACAGUCAGGGCCUCUUACACAGAGACAUAAAGCUAAAAAAUGUUCUGCUGGACAAGCAGAACCGUGCCAAGAUUACCGACUUGGGCUUCUGCAAACCAGAGGCCAUGAUGUCUGGCAGUAUUGUCGGAACCCCUAUCCACAUGGCCCCUGAGCUGUUUACAGGAAAGUAUGACAAUUCUGUGGACGUCUACGCCUUUGGGAUCCUUUUCUGGUACCUGUGUACUGGUUCCGUUAAACUUCCAGAAGCCUUUGAAAAAUGCUCCAGCAAGGACCAACUCUGGAAUAAUGUUAAAAAAGGGGCCCGACCCGAACGCCUGUCCACCUUCGAUGAGGAGUGCUGGCAGUUGAUGGAGGCCUGCUGGAACGGCGACCCUUCCCAGAGGCCCCUGCUCGGUAUCGUGGAGCCCGGCCUGCAAAGCAUCAUGGUCCGCCUCUGCAGCUAUGACUCAGAGCAAAAAAGCAGCAGUCUGGAGGACUCGAACUGAAAACACUCCCGUCAAACUAACACGCACGUCACGCGCAUCGUGGCCGCCAAAAGUAUUUGUGUCGUAUUUAUGAAAGGAUGCUCGAUGGACACACUUUGUGACCAAUGACGUUGUCCCUCUCAUUCACAUGUGGGUAAUUUAUGACGGGGCCACAGAUGUUUGUUUUAUUGUUUAUUUGUAUAGAAGUCCUCCACUUUGACAUGCUAACUUCCACUCAUUCAGAGAAAAUGUUACUAGAUGCAACUUUUAAAUGUCUGUCCGUUACAAGUACGUAUUGUGUGCAAAAAAAGGUAAAAGAUACAUUUUAGAUUGUAUUUAAUGUCUGCAUCUACACCAACACCUUUUUUUUUUUUAAAUAAAAGGAUCUGUUACAACAAUUUGUGGCAUUGAAAUAUUUUUACGGCACUUCUGUCAUGAGACA